AUGGUUGUUGCAGAAAAAAAUUUAGAAGUUAAACAUCAACUAGAGCUUGAAAAAGAAAUUCACAUUAGAAAAGCUGAAGUAUUUUAUAGUGGUAUGAAAACCUGUCGUAUCGAGGCUAAGGAACACAACGAGGUAGAACUUAUAACUUUUGAUUACCAACAAAACAUGCCACUCCCUCAUGUGCCAUGUGGUGAUGUUUUCUACAAACGCCAGCUGUGGUCCUACAAUUUUUGUAUAUAUUCUGGAAAAACUGGACAAUCAUUCCACUUCAUGUAUGAUGAAACAAUAGCUAAGAAAAGUCAAAAUGAAGUGAUCAGUUUUAUUUACUAUUAUUUCAAACACCUUUUGAAGCCAGGUGUAAAAAAAAUGUAUAUUUUUACAGAUAAUUGUAGCGCACAAAAUAAAAACAAUGUAUUGUUUCAAUAUUUAAAUACUAUUGUUAAAUUUAAAAUGUUAGACAUUGAACACAUCAUACAUAGGUAUCCAGAACCCGGUCACAGUUUCCUAUCUUGUGACCGGUAUUUUGGUCUUAUAGAAAAAGUUAGACGAAAUACCGAAAGAGUUUAUUUAGAUGAAACAUAA